AGGAGGGCAUUCUCAUAAAUUCCAACCUUUUUCUUCCCUUUUCCAUAGAUUUUUGGAAAAGCACUACAUACUCGUGAGAGCCUGAGAGUGUGAGAUAGUGAUUGAGAGAUGGCAGGAAGGAGCGUAGCGAAGAAGAAAGGAUGUUUAGGAGAGCUAGGGUUCAACAAGGGGGGCGGCGCCGUCAAUUGGUUCCCUGGCCACAUGGCCGCCGCCACCAGGGCCAUCCGCCAGCGCCUCAAGCUUUCCGACCUCGUCAUUGAAGUUCGCGAUGCCCGCAUACCUUCUUCGUCUGUAAACGAAGACUUGCAACCCAUCCUUUCCGGGAAAAGGAGAGUUAUUGCUCUCAACAAGAAAGAUUUGGCCAACACCAACAUCAUUCAUAAAUGGGUGAACUACUUCAAUUCCUGUAAACAAGAGUGCCUUCCCAUUAAUGCACACAGUAGAAGUUCUGUACAAAAGCUGCUGGAUCUUGUGGAGUUUAAAUUGAAAGAGGUGAUUUCAAGAGAGCCUACUCUUCUUGUCAUGGUAGUUGGGGUACCCAAUGUUGGUAAAUCAGCAUUAAUCAAUUCCAUCCAUCAAAUUGCAUCAUCACGUUUUCCAGGGGAAGAAGAAGAGAGCCACCGUGGGGCCAUUGCCUGGUGUGACUCAAGAUAUUGCUGGAUACAAGAUUGCACAUCGACCUAGCAUAUAUGUUUUGGACAGUCCAGGAGUGUUGGUACCAAGCAUUCCAGAUAUAGAGACAGGGUUAAAACUAGCACUCACAGGGUCUGUAAAAGAUUCUGUGGUUGGCGAAGAGCGAAUCACUCAAUACCUUUUGGCAGUUUUGAACACUAGAGGGACUCCUCUUCAUUGGAAGCACCUUGUGAACCCAGAAGCUAAGGAUCUUCAUCAGGAUGCCGAUAACAAAUCAGAAUACAAUCUGAAGGAUCAUCUUCUGAGGAUGAAGAAGCCUCUAUUAGAUAAAUCAAAUGUGCAAUACAUUGAGGAUAUGGUCACUGCAGUUAAGCGGGGUCUUUGUGUCACUCUCUCAGAGUUUGAUGGCGAUUUAGAAGAUGAAAACGAGUUGGAGGUUCUGAUAGACAAACAAUUUGAAGCUCUACAGGUGGCAUUCAGAAUACCUCACAAGGCAUCAGAAGCUCGAUUAAUGGUAUCCAAGAAAUUCCUCGCUUUGUUUAGGACAGGCAAACUGGGUACCUUCAUCCUUGAUGAGCUGCCUCUUGUCCCACAUUCUGUCCCUUAAAACCGAUCUCUGGGGGAAGGGAAAGUGACAUGCAAAACGUUAAAGUGUUCUUUCAAUAUGCAAUUUCUUCAAGUGGUGCAAGCCCCAUCUAGCCAAGUUUGUGUCCUACUCUUAGUAGGCAACAUAUCUUUACAAAGAAGCCAGAAAAGUACUCUUGAUGUUGAUUUUGGAUCACAGGAAAAAUGAGAAGUAUAGAAUGAGGCGAAUGUGAUCGUAUGUGUAACUGGUUUCGAACAUAAUUUUUUUUAAUUGCAAUGACUUCGGACAUGCAUGACUUUGUACAUAUAUAUAACGAAUAUCGGACAGUUUGGUGUUAUAAUUAAUAAGGGCUUUAAGUUUCU